GCUACACCACGUGACUCGCUGAACCAAUCAGAGUUGAAUGCUUGUGUCCACUAAAAUAACUAUGAUCGUUUCGAAAUAAAAUUGUUUUAUUUCGUAUACAAUUCGGUGAAUACGAAUUCAUAUCAAAGAACAUUUAAAUAGCUAGUAUUUGACUUAGAUACUGGAAAUGUUUUUUAUCCGUGCAUAAAGGAGGUGGGUCCCACCUCCCCCCCGCCAUUUUGUGAAUAUUUUAGAUGCGGCGGUAAACCGGAUCCGAUCUCUAGCUAGCAACAGCUGCCUCAUGAGGUUGUUAGUAGCAUGUGCGUGGCGUCUUUAGAAGACGACGAGAAGUCUUAUUGUAGAUAGUGAAGUUAAAAACUUGUUACGUAUACUGCAGAGAUCUUUAUAGAUUUAAGUGUCGCGUUAGCGUGAACUUUGCGUUUUCUCUACUGUGUCUUUUGACUCAGAAGCUAGUCAGUCUUCUGGCAUUGUGACGAUGAGUUACGGUAGGCCUCCGCCCGACGUUGAAGGCAUGACUUCCCUCAAAGUGGACAACUUGACGUACCGCACGUCGCCCGAGACCCUGCGCCGCGUGUUCGAGAAGUACGGCCGGGUCGGAGACGUGUACAUCCCUCGGGACAGGUACACGAAGGAGAGUCGCGGCUUCGCUUUCGUGCGUUUCCACGACAAGCGCGACGCCGAGGACGCGAUGGACGCCAUGGAUGGAGCCGUGCUGGACGGGCGCGAGCUGCGCGUGCAGAUGGCGCGCUACGGGCGCCCGCCCGACUCGUAUUACGGUCGUCGUGGAGCACCACCCCGGAGGUACGGGGGUUAUGGCCGACGAAGUAGAAGCUUCUCCCCAAGUCCUCGGCGGCGCCGACGGAGCCGCUCCCGAAGCAGAAGUCGCUCGCGCUCUCGCAGCCGCUCGCGCUACAGCCGCUCGAGGUCGCGCUCCUACUCUCGCUCCCGGUCGCGCUCCCGCUCCAAGUCCCGCGCAUCGCGCCGGAACUCCAAGUCUCGCACGCCGCGGAAGAACUCCAAGUCCCGUUCCCCAAGGAGGAACUCCAAGUCACGCUCGCCGCCGCGCAACUCCAAGUCCCGUACGCCUCACAGGAGCAAGUCGCCGGCCUCCAGGUCCCGCUCCAAGUCCAAGUCCCGCUCCAGGAGCCGCACACCCCCUUCCAACAGGGAAUCUAAAUCUAGGUCGCGAUCCAAGAGCCCCGUCAAGUCCCCUGAAGAGGUCGAUGGAGCAGCUUCCUAAUCAUAAUGUCACCGCAGUAAGUGAAGAUUUUCAGAUUCAGACUUCACCGAAGAUGGCUAUGGCCUCAAACCAAAGGCCCACCAACUCUUAUGAUUAAAAAGGUUAUUGUCGAUUGGUCUGACUUUUUUUUUAUGAAAGUUUAAUUUGCUUAGUUUAAGGAUUUCUUUUUGUGCCAUCUAUUCUACCCUCUCCAACUCAUUUAAUAGGAUGAACAUAAUGUAAUCAACUUGUAAGUGAGGUAAAGCAAGAAUUUUUGUAUAAAUGGUACAGUGCUAAGGUUUUUUGGGGUGUUUUUGUACAGCAUCUCAUCUGACAUGCAAUUUAAAUUUUUUAAACAGGCCCAAGCCAUAUUUCCUACAGUGCUGUGGAUGAGUCACUGAUUUACUAGUACUCCAGUUUGACUUUAACUUAUUGCAUUGCAACCUUAAAAUUACAUCAGAAUUGCUAUGCAUGUCAGUGAUGAGGGCUUAAUUUUGUUUAGAGUAAUAGUUAAAAUGGUAAAUGGUGUAUUAGAUCAAAUAUUACCAGUAAAAGAAUAUUAACCUGCUUAGUCUAGCACUGAUUAAAAUUGCUUGCUUUAUGUGUAAAUGGCAGUUUUCUUGUGAUUCUAAUCUCUUUUCUUGUGUAUUUUUUGUGCACUAGGCGCAGUUUGUAGCAGUUGAGUAUUGCUGGUUAGCUGUUAAAGGUGGCGUGUUGCAGUGCAGAGUGCUUGGCUGUUUCCAGUUUUCAUCUGGUUGCUCCUGUUGCCAUGCCUUGGUGUGUUGGUGUAAAAAUGGCUGCCACAGGAUAAUACUUUGGUAGGAUGCCAGUCCUCUAUUUCCUGAUGUCAGUAAGCUGUUUAUGCAAAUCUGUUGGAAUGUGCAGUAAACAUCUACCCAUAUUUGAAGUAAAUUCAAUACAUUGAACUGUAAUGAAAUUCUGUAAAUUGUUCUUGGUGCAUUCCUUAAAUACUGUACUUAACAGCUCAUGAAUGCAAAUAAACUUUUUUGACAAUUUGGUC